UUCAGUGCCGGCGCAAGAAGCUGCGAGGAAAAAAACCGGGCGGGCAUUCUUCAUUUUUGUGUUGUUUUGCCUCGUGUCUUGUGUUGUGCCUGGUCGUGCAGUUGCCGUGUUCUCGCGACGUCGUCUUCUGUGUUCGAACUGUCGCUGUUUCAGCAUGUGACCCUGCGAAGCAGGCGCACGCCGAAGCCGACAACUUGUUACGCUAUCGACCCGCCGCCUUUACCAAAGAACUUCUCUUCGGCGGCGUCUCUCACGGAGUAGACCGCGAUGAUCGAGUCGAGCGCCUUGGGCACAAGUCCUUGGAACACGGACUUCUGGAAAGAUGGCAGCACUUCAUUCUUGGGGUUCGAAAACCUCCUGGAUACAGAAAUCUGCAUGCCUUUACCUUCCGACCUCAUCACCACCGAAAGCGAGUCCUCACCUCUCGAACGGCCAGCAAGUGUUGCCAGUUUGGGAUCGAUGGAUCCUGGCUUUGGCUGUUGGGAGGACUUCGAGGACUUGCUCAAAAAGGACACCAGCACUACAUGUGAUCUGGAUCUCGACGAGUGGAGCCUGGAUCUCACCGAAUCGUCGGAGGUUCUCUCAGACUGGAGCAGCAGCGGGGGUGCCACAACGUUUGAGGGUGUCGAGGGCCACUGCUCGCGACCUCGUUCGCGGCGGGGACCCUCACCGACCCCUUUGAAUGUGGAGCGAACUUCCUCAACCAGGAGCUGGUCUUCCAUGACCAGCGGGGAGCAACUGAGGACAGUGGAAGCUCUGACGGAAGCCAUCAGCCACCACCUAGGGCUGCGGGAACAGCUGGAUGUGAUCCGCAUCAUCGACCCGACAGCCACUGUUGACCCAUCUGCUGACCGGGAAUUUGCUGUCGACUUGAGGCGCCUCGACGACCACAAGCUUCGGCAGAUUGCCGACUAUGUGCGGCACAAUAGUGUCGCGGCCAUGGAGCUGGCGGCUGACGACAAUGCAGGGGUUAGGGGGGAGAGCUCUCGGAAAAGGGGCCGUCGUCGGGAAAGCAACUCCUAUUCAGCCUCCGGCCGCAGCAGCCCUGCUUCCUCGAAUGCACCUGUGCACAAAAAGGAGAGGUGCAAACGCCCCCGGCAGCGGCCGCAGCAGAGGCGGCGGCGCGCAGUGAAGACGCAGCAGGACAAAGCACACCAGCAGAUGCUCAAGGAGCAGCGCAGCGGCCUGUUCGUGCGCGAGGAGGUGCUCACUCUGACGAGCACGACGGCAUCGUCCUCGUCUAGGGCAAACUCCUCCCACCCAAGCAUAGCAGGAACAGACGACGAAGAAGAGGAAGUCGACAUUCUGCACUGAGCACUUUCGGGUUUUAAGAAAGAAGGAUGCGCUGGGAGUGGGUAGAAUGAUGGCAAUGUUGCUCUUUUGUAAUUUAAGUACCUUACGAGCUUGCUUCUCUCAUACCCUGCCAUCUCGCUGCCUGGUCACACGGGACUGGAGUGUAGGUUCACUUUCUCGCUUGUGGCAUACUGUGCUGGCCUUUUUUUUUUUUUUUUUUUGUGCUUUCUUUUGUUUGCUCCACAGGUUGAAGGGUAUGUGCUACAUGCGGUAGAUUCAGUCGGUGGGAGGUUGUACCAAUUAAUUCAUGUUAUCCAAAUCAACCUGACCCAUUAAAAGCAGUCUUGUUUGUUUUUGCAAGUACCACGUUUUUGUAUAACUUGCACCUGAUAUGAAAACCUUGCGAAAAGAAAAGCUUAGCUAUAACUCGCAGACACGACUGUGUGUGACAUGCAGUUAUUCAUUGAGCAACUCUGUGCAGUUGCCGUGUGAAAGGAACGCUCAAGAAACAAGUGGUUCGUACCUUUGUCAACACGGAUUUGACUAGUACUGCUGUAUGCUGAAAUGUGGUAUGGCUUCAAAGUGACACGGCGAGCAUUUAUGGGCAGAUUUUUCCUGUGACGGCUUCGCACUCUGUUCCUUCAUUAUAUUUGAAUUUAUAAAAAAAUUUUAUGUGCAGGUUCUACAUGCAGCAAGCACAUUCUCACCUGAUGGCGUAAGCAAAGCCACUCGGAGCAAAUGAAAAUGUAGCCUGUAGUAACCAGGUCUGGGAGAGCUGGCUGGGGGGAAAACUCAAGGUGCACUGGAAGUGAUCACACUGAUUAAUGUGGCACUGCCUCUGCAAGGGUCAAAAUAAGUUUGCAUUUUGUGGUCAGUGUUUUUCACUCGCAAGUUUGCCAUAAAACAUCAAAACGUUCAUUCAUGUUGUGUUUGAGAGUGGUGUCCUCGUUUUGUGCAAAUCGCUUCUUCAAUCCCUUGCUUACUGGCUCGAGAUCGUUUUUUUUUUUUUUUUGUCAAGUUCAAAGCAGUUCUUGUGCAUUUCUGCAAUUUUUCGAACAUCUGUAAUGUUUUCUGUUUCCACUGUUAGGUUCCCUCAUAAGCCAAGGGGGGACGAAGUCUGUCGUUGAGCUGUAUGGUCUUAGGUGGAAUUGGGCGUGUGCAGUUCCUGAGCAUUUUCACUGUGGAACCCCAUGUGUUUGCUUUCUCUUGGGCUUAGCGAUUUAUCCGUAUACUAUUCUUUUUUUACUUUUCUAUUUGGGCUCCUUUUUUUUUUUUUUGUUCACUCUCCCUCUUGCUCACUUUCUUCAACUUUAUUACUGUAUUUGUUAAAAACCAAGAAACGCGGUUUGUGUUGGAAUUUGGCAUUUUGUCUGUUCGUUUGUUUUGCCAUCUGUGUUGUAGUGUUCAUACAGGCAAGACUUGUGGAGGCUUAAGCUCUUUUAUGUCUGUGUUUAUCGCACGUGGACGGCGUGUCCUGGUGCAGAAAGUGACUUAACGCUCUUGGCUUGGGCAGUGACUUGACCCUUCUUUAUUCCGACAUUGCGGCGGGUCGACUUCUGUGAUGUACUGCCAUUAAAGUCACUAAAGGAGAAAUUCUCUUCUGGGCUGUACAUACCAAACGUCCCUUGUGCUUCGUGUGCGUUUAUUCAUUACACAACACAGCAGUGGUUAUUUUCUAUUUGUUUCUUUCUUUCAUGCUUCCUUCUUGAAGUGUCUAAACACAGCUGUGAAUUUCAUUGCCUUUGCUGUUUUCAGAGCGAGAGUUCUGAAAAUAGGGCUUGGAAAGGCUGUCCCGUUUUGUGAUCAUGUGCCAGCGCGAGUUGUGUGCUGUAAAAAAUUGUGUUACAUAAGCAUUAUUUCAAUCUUGUUUUGCAUACCUGUUAACUCUGGAAAAGUUUGUGAUCGACUGGAGUGUCAUUUUACAAGGCAGGCAGCAGCCUUUGUCAUGCCGUCAGGCUCAAUAGGGUGAACUGGAAUUUCUGUGAAGUUGGUCUUUCUGUGUUCUCUCGUAGCUUGAAAUAUGGUAGUGAACAAGUCUCUGAAACGGAUAGUGCAAGUUAAUUCAGGUUUCUUGCCUUCAAAGCAUAUGUAAAAUGCUUGCCAACGAUCGCUUACUGCGAGCUCAUUUUAUUGGAGGCCAUGUUCUGCGUAGUGUGGCUCAUAGUUUCCUACAAAACUUACUAGAACGAACUCUCUUCUGCUACCAUGGGAACAAUGGCUAGCACAUGGAUUUGUAUAAUCUUCAAGCUUGUGGCUUCAAGUGUUCUUGUAGCAUUAUUCUUAGCUUGGUUUCCAAGCAGUGAGUUUUCUUAAGACGGCAAGACCGUAAAUUAUAGUGUGCAUGCAUAACUGUUGCACUCGUAACUCAAUAUGAUGUUGAAAAUGAUCAUUCCAAAGCUGCAAGCCGUGCCCGUCAUACCUGUGCUGAUUGCACUGCCAUGCUUAAAGCUUCCAUGGGCGCUAGCACCAGAGUUCGUGCUAGUAGUUUCUGUAUGAAGCUCUAUGCUGUGGGUACGCUAGAAACUGAUCAUCAUAUCAAGGGUUCUGUUUGGUGUUCAAGGCAGGCAAGAAAGUCUGUCAUCUUUCACUGCAGUUGUGGAAAUUGUGUCUAAAGAUCAGUUGGAAAUGAUGUGCUGUCAGAAUACUCCAACCUAUCCAGGCAUCCUUUUAUUUUUUAAAAACUCUGUAUAGUUAGAGCCUGCCAAUAUUUUGUUAAAACAUCGAACACAAGUGUAAACAAGUGUUGACUCGGGCUUGGCUGUGAGAAGGCCGAUGGACUUGUCAUGUAUAGGUUGGAGCUGCAGAUGGUGUGAUGAAAGGAAAGUCAGUGUUGCCGGAGAAGUUUGUGGAACAUGAAAUCAAUUUAUUUGUCACCACGUACAGCAAAUGCAAUUUGUAGGACUGCAGAUAAAAACUGCACCUGUGCAGCUUGACGAGCUUGCAGCCAUUUUCAUGUUGAGAAGAUGCAUUUCAAGGCCUGGAUGUGGCAUCCUAUAAUGAAGUGAUACAGGGAGUGUUGACUGUAGCCUUUGUAGUACUUACUAGUGAGGUAUUAAUGCUGCGAUUUGAGCAUUGGCUGUGGUGAAUUGUUUUGUUAACAAAUAGCAUGUUCCGCAAACUUCGGCGGUCGAUGGUACACAGUUGUGCUGUGGCCAAGUCCUGUGGCGCCACUGCAGUCAUCAUCAAUAAAGAAUUUUUGCCAUGA